AUGCCAACAUUCACCUUCAAGCGACGCAAAAGUCAGCCCUUGACAGUUGCCGUUCUACAGACCGAAGCGCGCCCAGAGCAACAUCCAGAAAAGCCCCUGCCGAGUCCCCAUAAAUCAUCCCCAGUGGACAAAAAAAUACACCCUGACCUCAACUUGCUUGCGGAGGAGCUUGAAUCAUCUUUGGGCCACGGCAGUGUCGUCGACGUCUCGCCCAUAUCACAACGGACCGACGAAACGGGCUUUGCCUCCCUACCACCGAGUGUACGAAAGAACCGUGCUUCUAUCAGCACGCAUUUACGUGCCUUCAGUGACGGAAUGAAGCAAGGUCCGUCGAAAGAAACAAGCCAGGCAGACUUACGGUCCGUCAGGACCACGAGCACAAGAAGGAAACCGUUCAGAGGCCAACCACUUUUCACUGGAGUCACCUCGAGAAAUUCUCCUUCCCUUCCUUCACCGCCUUCGGCAGUCGCCAACCCUCCCAGUCCAGGAGGUAGAUGGUCGACCUUUGGUCGCAAGACUGCUUACGAUACGCCAACGAACAGCCAGUACGACGACGAACCUCACGGCAGAGACAGUCUGUCGCGUCGCUCAAUCCAAAGCCGCGCUACCUCCCGCUCCCGAGGUUCUACCGACACAGAACCACGGACUCCUAAGUCAUUUGCCUAUUCUCAGUACAAUUCGACCCAGCAGUCGUUCUCUUCCCAGGUGUUCGAGAAUAAUUUCUCUGCUCCAUCGCCAGGGACGUUUGGGAUCCCAACACCUUCGUCCUUAUCAGGCGUCACGUUUGGGUCGAGCCAAAGUUCGCGUAUUGGGAAUCAGGCAGGACCGCCACCUUUGCCGCCACUCGAUCAUCCGGCAUUUCGCACCAUGUCAACGGGGCAGCCAUUGAUAUCUCAAACGCUCAAAGAUCAGAUUGCUGAGGCUACGCAAGAACACUACCGGUCGCAGUCUCUUCCGUCACUCGCGCCCUCAAGUAGCCACUCUAGCAGAACGCGAAGUGCAGGUUUCACGAAACGGAUGCAAAAUGCAGGCAAGAGAAAGUCCAGCAUCCCAAAAACCGGUAGUCAUGAGAUUUCCUCGAAGAAUGCAAAGCCAAUGAAAGAAAGUUCUUCAUCAAAAACACGGCAUUCAAGAGCAACUAGUAAAAGUAGCCUGGGCAGUAGUAGGAGAUCGAGUGCAGAGUAUAGCGCGAAGAAAGCGUCGUCGACAGGCCAUGGAGGUGAGUAUGAGCAGUGCUGGGAAGUACAAGUCUCGCAAGAAAUGCUCCGUCUUGCGUUGGAUGGUGGAGGACAACAAAAUGUGCGGGCGCCGAUAUCACUUCCUAAUCGGGACAUCAAGGCUUCGGGCAAGGCACGCGGUGACAACGUGGGUAGUUCCUCCGAUCCCUUCCAAUCACCUCUUUGUAUCCUCACGCGGCCCAUUGGAGGGGCAGAAGGCCCUCAUUCAUUUUUACUGCAAGAUACCCACUCCCAUAAUAUAACCCAGACCCCGUACGACGAAUCAUACCAAGCGUCCGACACUAGACAUCAAUACCCACGAAAACCUGUGCCAAAGUAUUCAACUCUCGAUACCAUGUCGGAAGACCAUGUCAGUAAUACAAGCUCUGGAAACAAAGGACAGAAAGACGCGCCUGUCGCGACGGGAUCUCAGUCGCGUCGACCAACCAUCCCGGUGCCAUCUCGAAAUUCUCAGUCAAAGCUGAACACCAUAGGCGAUGUUGGACCUAUUCCACGCACGUCACUUCUCGUGCCGCCCACCCUAUCCACCAUCGCUGCUUCACCGGAAGCAUCCCCCAUCUCUCCUAGCAGACGGAGUCAUCACAAAUCACAGCCUACAGAACCUUCUUCAUCGGUACUACAAAAAGCUAGUCUGCCCCCUCCCAUCCAGAAGUCGUACUCGACUGGGUCUACGAAAAGAAAAGCAUCAGAAGCUGAAGUGGAAGGGGACAAGACUCCCCCCAAAGUAAAUCGAGCAACCUUCGCUCCAGAGCCCAGAACCCACCGCGCAUCAGGGACGUCUGGCUCUUCCCAUGGACCCCCCUCUUCUUUCAACCGCAACAAACGCCCCCGAAUCUCCGGCUCGUCUGAUUCACGACCUACGACUAGUUCAUCCAUCGGAGACAGCCCCAACGCCAAAAGUACCGGUUCAUGGUCUAGUAGAGGCAGCAGCAUUCAUAACUUCGGGUCCAUCAACAAAGCCCCAUCCACGAUCGCAGAAACCACCACACAACCCCCACGACGUGCUCCUUCCCGACGUAGCCUCUCCCAAGCCUCUAUUCCCAUCUCAGCUCUCGUCUCACCACACGCACCUUCCGUCGCGCGUUCUAACACGUUCCAUAUGCGAGACCCACGCAAGCCGGCGCCGAUACAGAGCACACCGUGGUCCCUGUCUUUCCCUUCUGAAGUCCAGCGAGGGGAGGGAAGGUGGGGAUGGAAAGGGUGGGUGGAGAGGGACGGGAGUCCGCUUCACGGGUGGUUAUUUUUUGUUGGGUUUGUUGUGUUUCCUUUGUGGUGGGCUGCAGGGUUUUUGAUCCCUAUCCCGAGGACGAGGAGGCUGGAAGGGAAUGAUACGGAGAAGGGGGUGGUGCUUGAUGAUCCUCAAGUAGAACACGACGCAAAAUCGUGGCGAACGCGAUGUCGCAUCAUGGCGGUUGUUUCCGUUUUUACUUAUAUCCCAUUUAUUGUCCUCGUUGCGAUUUUUGCUCGGUGA